AUGGCGGAGCCUACAGCGCGGAGAGACUGUGAUGAGUGGCAAGAUUUCAACGAGUUCAAGGGCGGAACGGGACGGAAUAUUCAUCCGGAGCACAUUCACAUGAACGCCGAAGAGAUGUCGCUGCUGCUGGAGGGAUUUUCAGCCCCGAGCUCUUACUCCUGCUGCACUGAGGACAUGAUCAGCCGCUUCCACGAGAACUUACAGUCAUGCUUCCAAAAUGUAGACUCUAAACCGUCCGCAACAAAUCCAGCGACGCCGAUGAAUGAGGAUACGAGCCUGAAACGCGAUGAGAUCUGGAAGGCUCUCACAGAUAACUAUGGCAGUGUGAUGCCGGUGGACUGGAGUCAGUCUAGGGUUCGCUCACUUCACCUCUCAACACUGAGCAUUGAGGACAGACCGCGGAUGGAGAGUGUGAACCUGGACCUGUCUGAUGAUGAGGACCUGAGGGAGCAGAUGGACAUGCACUCCAUCAUUGUGUCCUGCAUCAACGAGGAGCCGCUGCUCACUGCUGAACAGGUGAUUGAGGAGCUAGAGGAGCUCCUGCAGGACUCCCCAGAGAUGGAAUCAGAGCGGAUCGCUCCACACUCAGAGCUCUCGCUCAUCUCUCAGAAGACCCAGAGGUCUCACAGCAGCCAGAUCUACGAGGAGCGAGUGAGGCUGAUGUCUGCGCUGGAGCUGAACGAUGAGCUGGAAGACGUGGAGACGGCCAUACGCAGGUAUUCAGAGGAGCUGAUCCAGCAGCUGGCCUUCAGGGAUGAGCUGGAGUUUGAGAAGGAGGUGAAGAACAGCUUCAUCGCGGUUCUCAUAGACGUACAGAACCGGCAGAAGGUCCACCGAGAGAUGCUGAAAAAGAAGAGGAAAAUGUCUGGAUCAGAGAGGCUGCCGUCUUCUCGCUUCAGCAUGGAGGGAAUCUCUUCUGCCAUUCAGAAUGGGCUUCGCCACACUUUUGGCAAUGUGCGUGGGGAGAAACAGUGUGUAACAACAGUCAUCCCUUACGAGAGGAAACACGGGCCGCCAUCACUCCAAGACCUUCAGAUUUUUACCAAAAUUUUAGAAGCCAUGAGAGAUGACGGCGAUAAAGUCCCAAGUCUCCUCACCGACUACAUCCUCAAAGGAUUUGUUCCAAUUCUGGUCUGUGAGUGCUCUGCCCCACCUAGAGAGAGGCUCAUUGAAGCUGGAAGUGUUCCUGGAGGGGUUUAUCACUGUGUUCCUCAGAUCUGA